AUGGUGCGCAAACUGAAAUUCCACGAGCAAAAGUUGCUCAAGAAGGUGGACUUUUUCAACUGGAAGGAAACGAACAGCUUGCAGGAAGCGAAAGUGAUGCGAAAGUACCACCUGCAGAAACGUGAGGACUAUACCGCCUACAACAAGGUGGCCCGAAACGUACGCGAGCUGGCCAAAAAGAUCGCAGACAUCGAUCCGAAGCACCCGUUCCGGACGGAGAUGAGUGCGUUGCUGCUGGAAAAGCUGUACGUUAUGGGUGUGAUACCGACCAAGUGGGAUCUGGAAAAUGCGAACAACAUCAGCGCUUCAACCUUCUGCCGUCGCCGUCUGCCGCUCGUGCUGGUACGCAACAAAAUGUCGGAAAAUGUUACACAUGCAACGAAAAUGAUCGAACACGGCCAUGUGCGGGUUGGUGUAGAGGUUGUGAAAGAUCCGGCUUUUCUGGUACCGCGCACGCUGGAAGACUUUGUCACAUGGGUGGAUGGUUCCGCCGUCCAGAAGCAUGUGAUGGAGUAUAACGAUAUGAGAGAUGAUUUUGAAAUGUAAAUAUA